AACAUACAAUAACAAAAUCUUGAAAAACUAUUCGCAGUUCAGAGGUCAAUAGAAAGAUAGCGAGAAGGAAGAAGAAGAACACUGAGAUUCUUCUUCUCUUUCUCUAAUCUAACCCAACAACCACUAUGAACUCAAUUUCAUUCUUUUCCCAAUCUUGAUUCAAUUGACAUUUCUACCCUCACUUCAAUUCUUCACACUUUCAAUGGCUGAUCACUCCGACUCCUCUCCUCUUGUCCCUCCUAUCCCCCUCUCCGACCCUUCCUCGAUCGACCUCGAAGCUGGUCCCUCCGAGCAAAUUCAGUGCCGGAUUUGUCUCGAAACCGAUGGUAGGGAUUUCAUAGCUCCUUGUAUGUGCAAAGGUACUUCAAAAUAUGUUCAUCGAGAGUGUUUGGAUCAUUGGCGCUCCGUCAAGGAAGGGUUUGCUUUUGCUCACUGCACUACGUGCAAGGCUCCAUAUCAUUUGCGUGUUCAUGUUGCUGCUGAUAGGAAGUGGAGAACCUUGAAAUUUCGCUUUUUCGUCACCAGAGAUAUCUUGUCUAUUUUUCUGGCUGUACAGCUUAUUAUUACCUCACUCGCAUAUUUGGUUUAUCUAAUUGAUGGUUAUCAGCAAAGUUGGCUUCGUAUUCUCUGGGGUUUUGAAAGUCAACUGAGCUUCUACUACUUAUGUGGAGCUCUAUUGUUUUUUGCAUUGCUUGGCCUUUCUGGGUGCUUCAUUACUUGUUAUGAUCGACGAGUUCGCAAUGAUUUGGCUCAACCUUGUAGAGAAUUAUGUCUUUGUUGCUGUCAACCUGGAGUUUGUGCUGACUGUCAUUUGCCAGGCACUCUUUGUAUGUGGACUGAUUGCACUGCAUGCUUUGAGAGUUGUGGAACCAUGGCAACAGAAUGUGGUGGUUGUUUGGGAGGUGCUGGGGAAGCAGGGCUACCAUUAUUAUUCAUAAUGGCUUUGGUUGUUCUGGGACUUUUUACAGUAAUUGGGAUAUUUUACAGUGUAUUGGUGGCAACUAUGGUAGGCCAACGGAUAUGGCAACGCCACUAUCACAUACUUGCAAAGAGGAUGUUAACAAAGGAGUACGUGGUUGAAGACGUUGAUGGAGAGAUGACAGGGUCUGAUUGGUCUCCCCCAUCCCUCCCACCCGAGCAUAUUCAGCAAUUGAAAACAUUGGGCCUCUUAUGAGUUUGAAUGAGUCAUCGGUCAUCUAUUUUAUGACCAGAAUAACAGUAGAAGUAGACUGGCCUGACCCUGCCAUUGUUUUGGUAAGCUGGUCCUCUUUGUGAAGAUCUGCAUAUGAUUGACAACUGUUCAAUAGCCUCGAAGUUCGGUUUGAUUACAGUUUUACACUUGUGUUGAAUUGUUGAUAUUUGGAAAUUUGUGAAUUUCUGAUCUGUUUACUAAUGUAAAGAAAAUGGAAGAGAAUAUUUGAAUGCUGAAUAACAUGUUACUUGUAUAUCAUUGCCACUUACUCCCUUAUAUGUUGGUGCCAGGCCAGUGUUGUUUUCUU